UCUCUUUGAAACAACAUCCGACGUUGUUGUUGAACAAUGAACCAUGAACAAUGUAUACAAGCUGCACGCCAACCUCAUCAAAACGGGGAACCAUUCCAACCCUGUUUCCCUCCGAAGCUUCGUCCUCCACUGCGCCCGAUCGCCACUACCCGAAGCUCCACGCUAUGCAGCCACCCUCCUCCUCAGCCACCCCACCAUCACCGUCCCCGGCGACCCCUUCCUCUUCAACACCCUCAUCAAAACCACCCCUUCUUCCUUCUCCAUCUCCCUAUUCUCCUUCAUGCACCGAACCCCCCACCACCCUUUUGAUCACUUCACCUUCCCCCUUGUCCUCACCGCCUUGAAAAGCCAUCUUGACCCUCACCAUCUCCACUCACUCAUUAUCAAGCUUGGAUUCUACUCCAGUCUCUACGUUCACAAUGCACUUAUUGGUGCUUAUGGUUUUCGUGGGUCCAUUCAGUUUGCAGUUAAGGUGUUUGAUGAAAUGCCCCAUAGGGACUUGGUUUCUUGGUCCUCCAUGAUUUCUUGCUUGGCAAGGAACGGGAUGCCUGCUGAAGCUCUUGGGGUUUUCCGGCAAAUGCAGGUCCAGGAGUGUGGAUUGAAACUCGAUGAGGUUGUUAUGUUGAGUGUGGUGUCUGCGGUUUCGAGCUUGGGAGCAUUGGAAUUGGGUAUAUGGGUUCAUGGUUUUAUUUUAAGGAGUGGGAUUGAUGUUGGGGUUCUGUUGGGCACUGCGCUUGUUGAUAUGUACUCGAGGUGUGGGUCGAUUGACAGGGCAGUGAAGGUGUUCGAUGACAUGCCACAUAGGAAUGUUGUUACUUGGACAACAUUGAUCAGUGGGUUUGCAGUUCAUGGCAGAAGUAGGGAGGCCUUGGAGGCAUUUCACAGGAUGAGGGAGUCUGGUUUGAAGCCUGAUCGCAUUGCUUUUACUGGUGCAUUGGUGGCUUGUAGCCAUGGUGGUCUUGUGGAGGAGGGUUGGCAGGUAUAUGAAUCCAUGAGAAGCGAGUACCAGAUGGAACCGAUGCUGGAGCAUUAUGGUUGUAUGGUUGAUCUCCUUGGUCGAGCAGGAUUGCUUGAUGAGGCUUUUAAGUUUGUGGAGGAAAUGCCAAUCCAGCCAAACUCUGUUAUUUGGAGGACCCUGCUUGGGGCUUGUGUGAAUCAUAACUAUCUUGCAUUGGCUGAGAAAGCCAAGGAGCGGAUCACUGAGCUGGAACCCCAUCAUGAUGGUGAUUAUGUGCUUCUGUCGAACGCCUAUGGAGGAGUUGGUAAAUGGGUUGAGAAGGCCGGGCUGAGGAAUUUGAUGAGGGAGAACAGGAUUGCAAAGGAGCCUGGCUGUAGUUGGCUCCAUGUUGAUCAAACAGUUCAUGAGUUUGUAUCGGGAGAUAAUUCUCAUCCACAAUGGGAAGAGAUUUCAAAGUUUCUAGAUUCAGUUAUAGACACUGUGAAAGUUGGAGGUUACACCCAAAAUACCUCCAAUGUGCUGCAUGACAUCCAAGAGGAGGAGAAAGAACAUUCUCUGGGUUAUCAUAGUGAGAAACUGGCAGUAGCUUAUCUGCUUCUUUAUCAUAGGGAUAGAAGGAUCAUCAGGGUUAUCAAGAAUCUUAGGAUUUGUUAUGACUGUCAUAGUUUCAUGAAGCAUGUUUCAGGUAUCUUUGACAAAGAUAUCAUUAUUAGGGACCGAAAUCGGUUCCAUCAUUUCAAUAAGGGAUCAUGUUCUUGUCGGGAUUUUUGGUAAAGCAUGCAAGUUCAACCUAUAACCUAUAUUUCAAGUCCUACA